AGGCCUGUUGGUCCACGGUCGCCCAAAUCAUUUUGGCCAAUCAGAACACUGAUCUUGAAUCAGGGGAGAGGAUAGGCUAUAGUAAGUGGUGGUGAUCUCCCUUUCUGAUUUGAACUUGUUUAACAAGGGUUUUCAGAGAGUCCAGAGAAUUUUAUUCUCGACAGUAUUUUAUACUGACCAAAGCUUACAUACUAUAAAACAGCUGUUGUUGACCAGAGACUACGUUGCAGUUUAAGAGAACCGCGUUGCGUGACAUUUAAUCGUUUGAAAGUGCUCGUUUAGAAUUUGUAAUUUGAUUUCGCGACGUUACCUAUUUAAAAACUGAACGUUGUUAACUUAAACUUGUUUGGAAAAUCCAGGUUCGGAUUGUAUUUGAAUUCGGGCGUUUGUUUGUUGUCGUGUUGUAUUUUGAGUUUUUAAACUUCCACAGGGUUCGCGGAACGAUGUCCUUUGCCGGGAAGCCUUUUGUUUAUUCUGUUUCAGGUGAAGAACUAGUCCAAAUAAUUAGACGGACGAUUGAACUUUACCAAUACGCAACACUUAACAUCAAACAGCGUACUCUAACCCUUAACACCUAACAAAUAACAACUUACGCAACGCCUUAUUAUCCUAUAUAUUUCUUUAGUAUCGGGGGCUGUCGCCCCCAAACCCCCGCUUUGUCGAUGGUUGUAAACAACUGCGUACCGGUAAAGUUCAAUCUAGCCCUGCUGUGUUUGUUGCUGCCUUUGGAAAAAAGGUGCAAAGUAUGUGUCUGACCGGAAGGGCUUUAGAAAGCUGCUGCAUCAAGAGCUGAUGUCAGGUUGUUACGACAUACUGUACCUGCAUCUUGGCUCUAACGAUGUUUGCUGCAAGGAUAGCGAUUUCUACCGUUGUGUGACAGAGAUCCUUGAUGUUGUAUUCAGUGUGUGCACUGAAAUACACGUGGUGCUUUGCGAGAUUCUUCCACGCGAUUUUGAUGUGAGAAUGUUUCCCCGAUGGCCACUCUCAGGGGCACAGUUGAGGAACUACUGCCAGUGGAUAAGGAGCGCAAACAGCAUGCUGUGGGAACUGAGUCACCAUGUGCCUUCUGUGAGAUACAUGGACUAUGGAGCAACUAAACAGAAGUCCCUGUACUUGACCCAUGAUGGACUACAUCUGAGUGCUGAAGGGGCUAGGAGGUGUUUAGCAUCCAUACAGGACGACCUGCCAAACCAGCUGUGUGUGGAGGCUGCUGUUCAAGAUCCUACAGAAUGGCCAGCUCUCUCAGCCACGGAAGUACCGGUUCAGGAGCAUGACAGCACCAUAGCACUCUUUUCGGAUAUUGUGCAGACUGGAGCUCAACCAGAGAUUCAAGACAAGGUGGAUGCAAGUGAAGUACCAGUUCCCAGGGACAUUAAGUCUCAGACACAUAAAAUAACUGUUGUCACAGCCAGAGCUAAGAGGUCUGCAACCAGAAAUACCAAAAGAUAUGGAAAGAAGUUGGCAAAGAAAUGCCACACAAGGUCAUGCUGCAGUGGAUUUGUUUACCUUGACAUUACUGAAGAUGUGGCUGUUUUCCUGCCUGCAUACAAGUUGAAUGGCUUAUGCUUGAAAGGCAAGAAGAUGGAAGUCAAGACUGGUAAGGUUAAAAGGGAGAAACCUACCAUGACGAAAAAGAAGAACAAACAGGUCCCUUGCUACAAUUGCCCAAACUGCAGGGUGUGCUGUUCAUCGGAAGAUGCCAUGCUCGACCAUUUUAUAAGGAAGCAUUCAUCGUGGAAAGUUGAUAGGCCUGACACACUUUACAAUCAGGAAGAUGAAAUCAACGUGCCAUCCAACAUCCAUUGCCACCGAGACACUGAAGAGACGCCCCAACAAGAUGACAAUGCCGCAAAUGAAGAUCAAGUCAAUGUGCCAUCCCACUUCUUUUUCCAACGAGACACUGACGAGACGCCCCAACAAGAUGUAGACACUUCACAGCUUCUUCUUAUUCUUUCAAAUGACGUUGAACUUAACCCUGGACCGACUUUCAGUUGCAAGUGGACAUCAUGCUUCAAGAAAUUUAUUAAUUAUGGUGAACUUAGUGCCCAUAUAGUAUGUCACAUAGAGGGAACAAAUAGAUGCCAAUGGGAAGACUGCCAUGAAUGUUUUUCAGCUGUUAGAAGAUUUGAGCUGCAUCUUUUGAGACAUUUGUAUGAUAACAGCGAGAUAUUCAAAACAAUCGAUGAAUGGAAAAACACGCUACCUGAUGGGAAGAUCAAUGAACAGAGAACAGAUCUGCAUAUGUGUCCACUUCAUCUGAGGUCCAAACUGAUGCUGCUCUUAUUUGAUGAAGAUUUCUCCAUUCCAACGGGUUAUUACACAAUAGAGGAACACUACAAAUACCUGGAAUUGCUAAAUAUUCCAGACAAUACCUGUCCCUGUGGAAGCGGUUGGCUCAAGCGAGAAGAUGACGAUAAUUACAGUGAAAAUGGACUGACCAUACACGAAAGACAAAGAACAUUAACUAUUUACACAAAUUUUGCACCUGUAAAAUGUGACAUUCAUAUACGUGAAUGCUAUAAUUCAAUUAGUAAGCCAUGCAGAAUUCUUUGGGAUGAAGGGGACUUAGAUUGUAUACAUGUAUUAAGUAGGGAUACAGCAGCAGGAGAUGAAAUAGGGUGGGAAUUUGUAUCUAUGGUUAUGAAUUCUAGUUGCACUUUUUCCUCUUACUGCCAGUUUAAAAAUGAGAUGUAUAAAACUCGCCACAAUAAGGCUAGGUUUAUGGAUCAAACAGUUUUUUUAAAUUUUUGGUUCAGUUGGGCUUCAAACAUGAAAAUAGAUUUCCGUAUACCCUGUGGUGUAUGUGGUUAUGGUCCUAAGAGAUUGUGCUGUGAUGGUACAAAAGUAGGGGUUGGAUUUCGGAAUUCAAAUUAUGAGGAAAUUACAGAAACAAACCAGGCUUUGGGCAUUAAUAAUACGCUGCAUCGUAGAAUGGAUAGAUGUUUUUUGAAAAAUUUGAAUGGAAUAGACAAACAAGAAAUGAUUAACCUUCGAACUACUUUAGAUUACAUUGCUCGGAAAGAACUGAAUGAAAUUAAAGAGAAUGAAAUUAUUCCAGAGAGGGAUUUAUUGGACCGUAUCGAGUUGUUAAAACAAGCACUGCCCUCUGAAGUUUUGGGUUCCUUCGAAAGAUUUUAUCAAAUGAGUGAUAAUGAACGAGUUGCAUAUUCAAAUGUUUUAAAAAUGCUAGCCACAACAGCGUCCAUUACAAGCCUGGUACCCCCUGCAUAUUGUUACAAAAUUCAACUAUUAUUAAAUAGCCCCAAUAUUGAAAAUGAUCGAUUUAAUAGUAUUGUUAAUGAAACUCGUUCGUUUGCACCUGAACUAAGAGAUUUAAUUUGCGAGUCUUUAAUAAGUAACAAUGAAAUAUUGCCCGAUGACAUUAGAUUAUUUUUGCAAUAUCUAAUUAAUGAAUCAAUGUCAUUGCAAGUUACUGAACCAGAACCACCUGUACCUCAACUGGGCACAUACAAUCCUGAAAAGUUUGGAAGGGCCUAUUAUUUUAAUGAAUCUGGGUUAAAGUUAAGAAGUGUAAGAAAGUUUUCCAUUGACAAUGAUAGCUGUGUUAAAAGAAAUAUAGACCAUGACGAUGCGACUUUAGAAUUUGAAAAAUGUCAAAAGCUUUAUUCUAAAGUUCAAACUUCUGCUCGAGGAACAUCAACAUUAUUUCUUUGGUUCUGUGCAGACCAUGGACAUUGCUAUGGUUUUCACAUGACUGGGGCAGAAGGAAGAAAAGAUCCCGCAUUAUCACUCUAUAGCUAUUUAGAAACCCCUCCACAAGACGUGUUUUAUGACUUUGCAUGUAAUUUACAAGAAUAUUGCCUAAACAGAGAAAGUGGAUACUAUAAAAAUGUACGUUUUUUUCAUGACAUUUUCCAUGGCUACUCCCACAAAUGUUCUAAUGCUUUUACAGCUAGCAGACUUCAAGGCUUUGAAUCUGUAAAUUCUGAAAUAUGUGAACAAUUCAACAGCUUUAUACAGUGCAUUAAAAGGUCGGCCCGUCAGAUGUCACAGUCACACUUUUGCUUUUACCUACAAUUCUUUUUAAAUGAAUGGAAUAAGAAGAAAAAGUUAUCAUAUGAAAAAAAGAUAAGAAUUGCUUUAGCUGGGUUAGUUUAAUUUGUGAUACUUAAAUGAUCUAUAAUUUUAAGUUCAUCUCAACUUUUAAUACUUAACUAUUGCAUCUUUUGAUGCUUUUUUUCUAUUUAAAGACUGGGCGAGUAAACACAUACUAUGUAUUAUUAUGCAAUAAUUGUUUUGUGUUUAUAUCUCAACUGAGCAUAAAGUGCUCAUUGUGAGCUAUUGU